GUUGUCUCUGAAAAAAAAAAACCGCAGAGACGAACCUGAAACGAGAUGUAGUAUCUUAUCAUAUCAUGGACCGCGAGUGGAUGAUCGAUCGAGCCCUGCGCGUUCGAGGGAUGCUGGCCAUAUUCCCCGAUCUUCCAAUCCCAGUAGCGAACAACCCUCCCUUGGUCAAUGCGACGAUUAAGGGGUUCGUGAUUAGGAAUUCGACGAUCACCCAUAGACAGCCAUGCUCUGGUUGUGUUCCUUGUAGUUUAGUUAAAUCAUUUUCAAAUCCAUUUUCUUCUUAUUCCAUUCAUGGAUCUUUAUUCUCAAAUUAAGGAUCAAUUUUUAGAUUAGUUCCCUUGUCAAUCGUUUUUCCUUGUACAACGAGAAGAGGACCGAUCGUGUCUUCUUCAAAAAGAAGAAGAAGAAGAAGAAGAAGAAGAAAGUUCGACCUUCUAGUUUAAUUUCAUCGGAGAAAGAAGAAAUAAUUCGAUUUCAUUCGAAAAAAAAUCUUUCAAGAUGACUAGUUUCCGAGGAUUUUAUAUACCGUCCUUCGGAGCGACAGUUAACGUUGCUUGGGAGACAUUAAAAGCGAAAUGGCCAGAAAAUAGUCCAUGUAUGGAAUUAAUCCGUGGUACCGGCAUGACUGGUCAAGGUGAUCCUCAAGCUCGUACCGGCGAUUUCAAAUCUUUUGGAGAAGGUGAAGAUAAUACCGAGAUGACGACAAUGAAUGGUGAACAAGCAUAUAGAGAACAGAAUAACGUUGCUAUUGCUGAGGAUUCUUUUAGUUAUCAGAGAAAUGGAGAUAAAGCUAGAACAGGAAGUUUGAGCAGUGGAGAGUUUAGCGAAUAUGACGAAGGUGGUGGUGAAUUUGGUGGCUCUGGUGUAAAGAUUAAUGAAUGGCAAGCAGCAUGGAAUGUUACCAAUGCCAUUCAGGGAAUGUUCAUCGUAUCCUUACCAUUCGCAGUCCUGCGAGGAGGCUAUUGGGCAAUCGCAGCAAUGGUCGGUAUUGCACAUAUCUGUUGUUACACUGGUAAGAUUCUCGUCGAGUGUUUGUAUGAGUUCGACACAGUAACAGGGCAGCGUGUAAGAGUACGAGAUUCUUACGUAGCCAUUGCCAAAGAAUGUUUCGGUCCAAGAUGGGGUGCAAGGGCAGUAAACAUUGCACAAAUAAUAGAAUUGUUGAUGACCUGCAUCUUAUACGUUGUUGUAUGUGGUGAUUUAAUGAUCGGCUCUUUUCCCGAAGGUGCUAUCGAUACAAGAAGUUGGAUGAUGCUGAUAGGCAUAUUUUUACUUCCUCUUGGCUUUCUCAAAUCUUUGCAACAUGUAUCAAUGCUCAGCUUUUGGUGUACAAUGUCUCAUCUUUUCAUAAAUUUCAUUAUCGUUGGUUACUGCAUCUUGGAGAUAGGUGAUUGGGGAUGGUCUAAAGUUAAAUGGACUAUCGAUAUGAAAAACUUUCCAAUCUCACUUGGUGUAAUUGUAUUCAGUUAUACCUCUCAAAUCUUUCUGCCAACAUUAGAAGGGAAUCUGAUAGAUCGUUCCAAGUUCAAUUGGAUGUUAAAUUGGAGUCAUAUAGCUGCUGCAGCCUUUAAAUCUCUCUUUGGAUGGAUUUGCUUUCUGACUUUUCAGAACGAUACGCAACAGGUGAUCACGAACAAUCUUCAUUCACCUGGCUUCAAAGGUUUAGUCAAUUUUUGUCUGGUAGUUAAAGCUGUAUUGUCUUAUCCUCUUCCAUAUUAUGCUGCUUGUGAACUCCUCGAAAGAGCAUUUUUCAGAGGUCGACCUAAAACAAUUUUUCCUACAAUCUGGACAGUCGAUAGAGAACUUAAAGUUUGGGGUUUAGCAUGGAGAGUUGGUGUAAUUGUCUUCACCAUUCUUAUGGCUAUAUUCAUACCGCAUUUCAGUAUUCUCAUGGGCUUCAUUGGCUCCUUCACCGGCACUAUGUUGUCCUUCAUAUGGCCUUGCUAUUUUCAUCUUAAACUUAAAAGAAAUUCUAUGGAAUGGAGUGCUGUGGCAUAUGAUUGUUUUGUCAUCUUUUUAGGCAUACUCUUUGGGGUAAUUGGGGUAUAUGACUCUGGCACUGCUUUGAUUGAUGCCUUUGAAAUUGGCUUACCCUUUUAAAUGAUUCAUAUAAUAGUCUUAUUGCUUUCAUUUUUUCAUUCAUCUCAUUCUGAGCUUGAGAAAUGUUGAACCGCAAAUUUUCAUUGAUCCUAAUGGGACAACAAAAUGUAUAGUAUCUUCUGGAAAUAGAAAGAUAGACAAAUUUUUAAGGAUAAACAAAAGUUCGUCAUAACGUGCAAUAAGCGAUCAAAUUUCUCAAUCAUCUGAUUUCAUCCUAACUCUUUCAACGAUCUUCAAAAUGAUUACAGUUAGAUUCAUUGAAAUCUAACAAAUCAAGUGUCUUCCAUUUAAGAUCGCUUAGAGUUCUGUCAUAAUUAGAGAUAUUUUGAUGAUAUAUUGUAUAUUUAAAUUCAACCAGAACUGACAUAUCUAACAAUAUGCAAAAUAAAAAAAAGAAUAAAAAAAAAACAUUUUACAGUUUCAGAAAUCUGAACUGUUCAUUGACCAUUGAAUAAAAAAAAAAAAAAAAAGGAAAAGAAAAGAAAAGAAAAAAAAAAAGA